GCAAGGAACAGCCUGCUAAUCGACUCUGCCUGCCCACCCCACAUUCUCUGGGCUGUUGGCUCCCCAGAGCUCACCUGUUUCUUCUGGAAAGCUGAUAAUUUGCCAUGCAGAUCAGCGUCUCUGCUUUCAGUUUGUGGAGCCGUUCUGGUGUUUUCUCUGGCCUAUAAAGCAUCUCUGGCUCCUGAAGCUACGGAGAGCGUUAUGUGAGGUGAUCUAGAGAGACAGGAAGGAGGCAGCUGAGAACAAGAGUCCUACGAGUCAGGAUCUGAAUGCCAAGAUGUCAGUGCUUACCCCUAUUUUGACCCCCCCUGAGGUGAAGGAGUACAUGUCCAGAGGUGAACGCUUUAUCAAGUGGGAUGAUGAUACAGCAAGUGCCUCUCCUGUGAUUCUGCGGGUAGACCCAAAGGGCUUUUAUCUUUAUUGGACUUUGCAGAGUAAGGAAAUGGAAUUUUUGGAAAUUACAAGCAUUCGAGAUACUAGAAUAGGGAAAUUUGCAAAGAUUCCCAAGAGCCAGAAGCUCCGAGACGUUUUCAACCUGGAUUUCCCAGACAACAAUUUCUUUCUCAAGACAUUGACUGUGGUUUCUGGUCCUGAUUUGGUGGAUCUCACUUUUCACAAUUUUGUUUCCUAUAAAGAAAAUGUUGGAAAGGCUUGGGCAGAUGAUAUCAUGGUCAUUUCUAGGAACCCCUUUGUAUAUAAUGCUUCCCGCUAUUCCUUCCUGGAGAGAAUACUGGUGAAGCUGAAACUGCAACUGAAUAGUGAGGGGAAAAUUCCUGUUAGGAAUAUUUUUCAAGCAUUUCCUGCAGACAGAAAAAGGGUAGAAGCAGCAUUAAGUGCUUGCCAUCUUCCGAAGGGCAAGAAUGACGGCAUCAAUCCAGAGGACUUCCCUGAAGCUGUGUACAAAACAUUCCUGAUGAAUCUGUGUCCACGCCCAGAGAUCGACGAGAUAUUUACCUCCCACCAUUCGAAAGCCAAACCAUACAUGACCAAAGACCACUUGACAAAAUUCAUUAACAAGAAACAGCGAGAUUCUCACCUCAACGACAUGCUUUUCCCCCCUGCCAAGCCACAACAGGUACAGGGUCUCAUAGACAAGUAUGAGCCCAGUGGGAUGAAUAUUCAAAGAGGGCAGCUGUCUCCAGAAGGAAUGGUUUGGUUCCUGUGUGGUCCUGAAAACAGUAUAGUAUCACAGGAUAAACUCUUGCUGCACCAAGAUAUGAGCCAGCCACUCUCUCACUACUUCAUCAACUCAUCCCACAACACCUAUCUAACAGCUGGACAAUUUUCUGGAAUCUCCUCUCCUGAAAUGUAUCGGCAGACCCUAUUGGCUGGCUGCCGCUGUGUGGAACUUGAUUGCUGGAAGGGGCGUCCUCCAGAUGAGGAGCCUAUUAUCACCCAUGGAUUCACCAUGACAACUGAAAUAUUGUUCAAGGAUGCAAUUGAGGCUAUUGCAGAAAGCGCUUUCAAAACCUCCCCUUAUCCAGUGAUCCUGUCCUUUGAGAACCAUGUGGACUCGCCGAAGCAGCAGGCUAAGAUGGCUGAGUACUGUAGAACAAUAUUUGGGGACAUGCUGCUGACAGAACCACUUGAAAAAUUUCCAUUAAAACCAGGAGUCCCACUGCCAAGCCCACAGGAUCUCAUGGGGAAAAUCUUGAUUAAGAACAAGAAGAAUCAGUUCAUACCUGGGGAGAACCAAGAGACUCUGAAGAAAGCAAGAAGUCUGGAGGAUAUUGUGACUGAUCAGCCCACACCAGUAGACAAGGAUAGCAUAGUGAAGUCAGGUGAGGUGACUGAAGAAGUAUCUGAAGUAGAGGAAGACAUGGGAAACCUGGAUGAAGAGGAGAUUAAAAAGAUGCAAUCUGAUGAGGGUACUGCAGGUCUAGAAGUGACAGCAUAUGAAGAAAUGUCCAGCCUGGUUAAUUACAUCCAGCCCAUCAAAUUCGAAUGCUUUGAAAACUCAGCACAGAAGAACCGGAGUUAUGUCGUUUCCUCCUUCACUGAGAUGAAGGCUUAUGACCUGCUGACCAAAUCGCCCAUCCAGUUUGUAGACUACAACAAGAGGCAGAUGAGCCGAAUUUAUCCCAAGGGUACCCGGAUGGAUUCUUCUAACUACAUGCCUCAGAUGUUCUGGAAUGUUGGCUGUCAAAUGGUGGCAUUAAACUUCCAGACAACUGAUAUUCCCAUGCAGCAGAACCUGGCUCUCUUUGAAUUCAAUGGGCAGAGCGGCUAUAUUCUCAAGCAUGACUUCAUGCGUCGCCCAGAUAAGCAAUUUGACCCUUUCUCUGUGGAUCGCAUUGAUGUGGUGGUGGCGAGCACACUCUCAAUAACAAUACUUUCUGGUCAGUUCCUCUCAGAACGUAGUGUGAGGUCAUAUGUAGAAGUGGAGUUAUAUGGACUGCCGGGUGAUCCAAAACGCAGAUACAGAACCAAGAUGUCACCAAAUGCCAACUCAAUCAACCCUGUAUGGAAAGAGGAUGCUUUUGUCUUUGAAAAGAUUUUGAUGCCAGAGCUAGCUUCUCUCAGAAUUGUGGUUUGGGAGGAAGGAGGCAAGUUCAUAGGGCAACGUGUCAUUCCCAUCACUGCUGUGCGUUCAGGCUAUCACCAUGUUUGCCUUCGUAGUGAGAGCAACAUGCCACUUACAAUGCCUUCUCUCUUUGUGUAUGUGGAGAUGAAAGACUAUGUUCCGGAUUCGUGGGCAGAUCUCACCAUGGCGCUCUCCAACCCAAUAAAGUUUUUUAAUGCACAUGACAAAAAAUCAGAGAAGAGCCAAGAGGAUACUCCUGAGGGGCCUGACUUGCAAAAAAGUCUUUCAUCUGUUCAACUCAAUACCAACGGGAUACAUAAUGCCACAGGGACCUUUAGUACUCCUCCUUCAAACGGGCCUGGAGGAACCUUGAAUGGAAAAGGAACCUCGACAGGAAAAGAAGAAACCACAAAAGAACCUACAAAAGAACCUACAGAGCUGCAAACGGCGAGCUUUGAGGAGCUGCAGCAGAUGAAGAAUUUUGGGAAACUGUUGAAGAAGCAAGAGAAAGACCUGAAGGACGUGGAACGGAAGACAGUCAAGCGCAAGGAAGAGCUGUUGCAGAAAUAUGCCGUCCUUUUCAUGGAGCUGGGCACGCAAGCUGGCAAAAAGAAAAUGCCAUGCCCACCUAAAACCCAGAAAAAGAAAAGUUGCAGGAAGUGGACUGUGGAUGACAGCAGCUCAAGGAACGCCGGUGAGAUGGCAGAGAGUCCUCCUGACAACAGAGUCUUGGAGCUGAAAGGGAAGCUGGAGAAGGAGCUAAUGCAGCUAGGAGAAGAGCAGUAUGAUGCAAUUCGGAAGAAGAAAGAGCUCCACGCCACAGAGCAAAUUUCUAAAAUAAUUGAGCUUGCAAGAGAAAAGCAAGCAUCUGAGCUAAAGGCACUAAAGGAAUCCUGGGAAAGUGACACUAAAGAAAUGAAAAAGAAACUAGAGGUGAAAAGAUUGGAAAAAAUUCAGACCAUGGCUAAGACCACAACCGACAAGAGCGCCCAGGAAAGACUGAAGAGAGAAAUCAACAACGCACACAUUCAGGAAGUGGUACAGAUGGUCAAACAGAUGAAUGAAAAACAGGCUAGGGACCAAGAAGUACUGGAGAAAAAGCAGGCGGCCUGCCUAGAAGCAAUCAAGGAAAAGGAAAACCAGCUGCAGCAGGAGGCAUUCGCAGAGUACGAAGGCAAAGUGAAAGCUCUCGGCGCAGAAGUGCAAGUUUUAGUGAAGAACUGUGUGAAAGCUGAUGCAGCAAAGAAAGAGGACCUAUAUGCUGCCAGUGAGGGAGGCCAGGGGCUGAAACAACAGCCACAAGAAAACAACCUGAUACCUGUUGCUGAAAGAUGUGAAACUCAGAUGGCUGAGAAUACGGCAGAGGAUGAGGAAUCUAGCGAAAUACUGGUGAGCAGGCUGUGAGUCUCUCACCUGACCCUGUUCUUAAGGCACAGAUUUUUUUAAUGACUCAUUUUGUUCCAGACGUUACAGUUCCAUAGAACUUAAUGGGCUGUCUCUUGUUGCACUUCCAUCAGCUCAUUGAAUCUUUGAUUACUGUGAUCUGGUAACCCAGAUUAGUUUGCGUCUACACUGGAGUUUCUAUCUUUCAGGAUCUGUAGUGACAAUAGGUAAAGGUAAAGGUACCCCUGCCCGUACGGGCCAGUCGUGUUUGACUCUAGGGUUGUGCGCCCAUCUCACUUAAGAGGCCGGGGGCCAGCGCUGUCCGGAGACACUUCCGGGUCACGUGGCCAGCGUAGUGACAAUACAGGAUAGAAAUAAACUGUUAUGUAUUGAAGUUCUCACCCUGGCCACCAGGGGGUAUUGUGUAUAUAGUUUUCACUCAGGUCCACAUAAGUUA